AUGAUUAUGAUUGUACAAAGCUCCAGUUACAAUGACAACAAUUCCAAAUUCAAUAACACCCAUGAUUUAUGUAAUUCUUAUUCAUCUACUUCUACUGUUAUGUCUGUGGAUGGAUGUUAAAAUAGAAAUGUGCAAAUGGUACAAUAUCAAAAAAGGGUGAAAGUGAAACUUAUUUAAUAAAAAUAAUUGCAUCACAAAAACAGGAGUCGGAUGUGUUACAAAUACUAUCUGUUCUGCAAUAAUUUUGAAGCUGCUUGCAUUAAAAUUUAGAGGAUAAAUUUGUUUCAGGGAUAGUGCAAUUCAACCUAUAAGGAUUAAAUUUAUCUGAAUGCUCCAGCAAAAAUAGUUCUUAUUUUAUUGAUUUAUAAAUUAUUUAUUCAAAUAGAUUAACGAUAACACUAAUCGCAAUUUAUGUUAAGCCUUUUUAAAGCCUGUGAAAUUUCAUUAGUUAUAACUAUUUGUGAUAAGGAUAAAGUAAUAGAUCAUUCAUUAGGAAGGAAAAUGCUUUAAGAAGUAAAGUGCCUUAAUUUUAAUCACUCUUCUGUAGAUUAUGUAAUUCAGGCUUAGGAUGUGUCUCACUUCCAUUUAAAUAUGAAGCUGCUUGCAUAAUAAAAGCUAAUUGUUAGCCAUGCGAGUGAAAUGGAUCUUAAUGCAUUUAUGAAGUUUGUUUAACUGCCUUCACAACUGCUACAUAAUGCUAAGGACACAUAUCAAUUUGUUUUGCUAAUAAUCCGAUAAGUGUUAAUGGUUCGCUGACAAUUCAAGGAUGCUAAGACUUACAAAUAGCAUUUGUAGCUAGAAAAUCAAAUGAAAAUUGUGAGAUUUCAAGACCUGGAUUUUCAACUUGUCUUUCCUUCUCAUCCACUACUUUAUGUGUUGAAAAGUCUUGUUUAACAUCUAACAGUGCAGGACCGACUGGAGCAUUAUCAGUAGGAUGAUUUACUUUUCAGCUUAUCUCAUUGCUUGUAUUUCAAACAAUUCAGCUGAUAAAUGCAUGGUUUCUAGUUGUUCACAAUUUAUUUGAAGUAAUUGUAAAAAUGGAUCAAAAUCAAGUGGAGUUGGUGUUGGAAUGACAGUAGAUGUGUUUAUAAUUGUUGUACAAAUAUUAUCCAAACUCUGUAUGAAAUUGUUUUGGUCUAUUUAAAUAGUGUUCAGUGAAUAGUGGAGGAACUGCUUUUUAACCACUAGCAAAUGUUUGCACAUCUUAUUAAACCUAAGAUAAUUGUAAAUUUAAAAAAAAAACAAGAAUUGUGUGUGGACUGGAUUGCCUUGUAGAAGUGUUCUUUGUGGUAAGGCUCCAGAUAAACCAAUUUUAAUACUGGUUCAGAAGGUUUUGGAUACUUAACACAAACGGAAACCUUUACAGCUUUCUAUAAAGUUGAAACCUAAGGAUGUGUAUUAAAUCUAAAAAUUGUUCAAGAUUAUAUGACAAUGUUUAAUGCCAUAAAACUAAUAAAAAUUUAACAGCCAAUGAAGAUUACAAGUGGAUCGAGGAAGAUGCUUGGCGAUACCCACUUUUGCUAAUUGAGCCUGCACUUCUUUUAAGGGUAAUUAAGUAAUUUUUUAAGGGUAUAGAACAGGAUGUACAAGCAAAGUUAAGGCAACAUCCUCAACAGCUUGCGCUAUAGAUUGCUCUUUAAAACUGGAUCAAGUAUAAAAACGUUAAGAUUGCUCAACAUUAGAUUCUAUUAUAAAUUUAAUAAUAUAAAAACUGAUUUAAUAUUUUAGUUAAAUUUUUGGAAAAUUUACAGAUCUAAGAUUACAAUGCUUGAAUUUAAUAUUAGGGUUUCACAAGUAAUUCAUCUAUGGUUGAAUUGUUAUCUAAACUAAUUCAGGUCAAGCGCAAACGGAAUGCAAGAUAUUGUGUAUUAAAUGGUUCUUCUUAUUGCCAAGCAGUGAUAGCGGGCACUGAAUGUGUAUUUGUAACUGGGUUCUCAAGUUUCGGUCAUUAAAAAUGUUAACUAUAUCGCUAUUCUUGCACAACCUUAAAAGAUAGCACAGAAAGUUAAGAGAAUAAAGUAACUUGUUCAAGUUAUGCAGCUAGGAAUAGUUGUGCUAGAUCUGGAAAAGGAAAAUUUUUUUGGAAUGGAACUAGUUGCAACCGAUUUCCUGGUUGCAUUUCUAUCAAAGGGACUCGAUUAGAUUAGAUAAUAUUGCAUGUUUACUUAAUUUAACAGGAACUGCUUGUUAUUUAAAGUUGCUACUUGUGCAGGCUAUGUAACAGCUGCAGCUUAAUUGAUCACUGAUGCUGCUCUACCGAUAAAAUGCUUAGGAAUGUGGCUACGAUUAGUCCAUAAACCAAUUGCCCUAACAUUAUCAGGUCUUAACAGGAAUCACGCUCAACGUUAAGACGAUUGCAACAAUUGUAAAUCGGUUUCUGAUUGA